CCGCGUACGUACACACACGUACACCGCGACCGACCGACCGGCGGCCGACGAUCCCGACUCUUGACUAGCCUCGGGUGCAGAUCUCCCAGCUAGCCACAGCCAGCGCUAUGGAGGCGCAGCAAGGAGACGGCGAGAGGUGGGAGGACGAGAAGGGACCUGCGCCUGAAAAAGCUGCCGUGGACGACUCCGUAGCAGAGAAAAUAUCUUGGAAAAUGGUUGUUUUUGAUGACCUGUUCCCACGGCUGAGUGCAAAUGGCGGGAAACUGAGGUGCACUCGCAGCCGUUCAGUCGCCGUUCUCUCUGCUCUAUACUGCAGCCACGUCUUCUCAGCGUGGGGGGACCGCAUGUGGCAGUUCCUGGUGGCUCUGUUGCUGGCGUUGCUCUACCCUGGCUCUCUCCUCCUCCCUGCCGUCUUUGGCCUCGUCUUCGCCAUGCUCCCAGCCCUCCUCGGUACCGUCCUCGGGGACUUUGUUGACCAAAACCAUCGAAUGAGAGUUGUGUGGAUCUCCCUACUGGUCCAGAACACUCUAGUGUGUGCCUGCUCGGUUGCUCUGGCCGUUCUGUUUGGACUAAAUCUGGACCUCUGCAGUGACGUACCGCUCUACCUCUUCGGAAUUCUCACUGCCAUAGUUAUAGUCCUCGGGGCCUCUGCCAACCUGGCGACAGUGGUCAACACCAUCGCUGUGGAGAAAGACUGGGUGGUCGUCAUUGCCGACAAGAACAAGGAUAUUCUAGCAAGUCUGAAUGCAAACAUGCGUCGUAUCGACCUCAUCUGCAAGUUGCUGGCCCCGGCAGCAGCAGGAGCCAUCCUCCAGUUCACCGGUCCUCUCACUACGACCAUCGUCGUAGCCAGCUGGAAUGUCGUCUCCUUCUCUGCCGAGCUCGGUCUCAUCUGGUUGGUCUACCGCUGGGUCCCCGCACUCGCUGUGAAGAAACUCAGAAAAUCUGCCGCUACUGAAACCGCUGAUGAGCCACUCAUUGAAGACGCAGAAGAAGGUGAGGCGGAGGAAGGUGCUCUUGGAGAAGGAGAAGAGAUGAAGAUUUUUGACGAAGAGAAAGAAAAAGACAAGAACACUCAAGUAAAAAUUGUUAAGAGUCAAGCGGGCUCGGCCACUAGUCACCCGACGUGGUGCUCCAGACUGCUAGCACCAAUGUUGUCUCUACGAUAUGGCUGGAGCACUUACUGGAGGCAGGAGAUAGCUCUUGCCGGUGUAUCCAUGGCAGUCAUCUACCUCACUGUCCUGGGGUUCAGCGGGGUCACUGCCGGCUACUUCCUCACUCAAGGUCUGCCCAACUCCGCCAUCGGUGCAGGGCAGGGUGUCGGCGCCAUAUUAGGAGUGGCUGGGACAAUCGCCUACCCGUCCAUCCGACGAAGAAUUGGGACGGUGAGGACAGGAAUGUUUGGAAUCUCCUGCCAGCUGGGCAUGUUGUCGCUGUGUCUGGUUGCCGCGGUGAUCCCAGGCGAGCGAGUGGAGAACAUGGCUGAGGGUUAUUUCUCUGCUCACUGUCCUGCAGAUGAUGUUUGUGAUGGCCUCCUGCCUUCCCCUCCCCCGUACCUCCCCUCUUCUCUUCCUUCCCCU